AUGGUCCUGAAGCCGACGCCGCUGCAUUUGAUAUCCUCUUCGCGCACAGAUCUCAUCAGGAAGGACAGCGAGGAGCGAAGCAGGUCCCGUGACAGCAGCGAGAGCACCGCGCUCCCGCCGCACCUGUGGACCUUCCUGCUGACGCUGCCAUGCACCCUGGAAUCGAGAUGGCGGGCUGUCGGGUUGCAAUCGCAGUGGAAGUGGCUCCCCGGUGUGCGGCUGCGGUUUGCAGACGCGGCACUGGAGAGGGAGUACUGCAUCAGGAAGCGGGCUGAUGCGUGCGAGGCUGUCAAGACGUUGGGUGUGCUGGUGGCCGUGCUGGUGUCCAUCGUGGCCUUCUCACUUAUGUGCCCCCUGGGUGCGAGGGAGCGUGCGGAUCUCUUCUGGCGCCGGCUGGCUGUGCCCUCUCUGUUCUCCCUGCUCGUGUUGGCGUAUGCCGUCUUCCAUCGGCCGCUCGUCUGGGCGUACCAGGUCUCAUGCGGCAACAGCAAGGCCAGCAUGCAGCCCCUCUCGCGUGCAGAGUUUUCCAUCACAUACGCUGUGUGCCUCGUCGUGGCGGCGGCUCUGCCGGUCCACCAGAAGCUAUGGACGGCGGCAGACGCAGCCUUUGCUGGUGGCGCUGUGGAGUAUCAGAGUGCGGCCAUUUUGGUGCUGCUUGUGGUGAUACACAGGGGCGACUCUUUCCUGGCUGGCGUGUUGGUGGUGUGCCAUCUUGUGGCGUAUUAUGCGAUGAAGAUGGUGGUCACGACGGACGAUGAGUCAGACACGGGCAGCUCGUGUUUUCUGCCGAUGUUGGGGCUUGUUCUCAUCGCCCUGUCGCGUCAUGUGGAGCACGUCAGCCGAGCCUAUCUCUUCUAUGAAAUGAAGGUGGAUUGGCGGGGGGACGGAUGGAGCGAAUCGAUUUUGCCUGGUGUUGUGUUGCGUCGGUCAGGCCAAGCAUGAGAAGGACCAUGGCCAGCGUGCGCUGCACAUGUUUGCCAACAUGGCCAACGUCGCAGCGUGGUACGCCGUGGGUGUGAGGGGGUGAGGGAGUGACGGUGCGAGGGUUGCGACGACAUCCUGUAUCCCUUCAUCUCUCUCUCUCUCUCUCUCUCUCUUUCGUGGCAUCAGGCAGUGGGACCCGGCCGACAACAAUUCCUACCACACGAGCGGCCUCGAGGCCCUCACCGCGCCCCCUCCUGUGGCCGAGGAGCCAUCCCCCGCCCCAGCCGACAGCGCACCGCCCCCGCCCUCAUCUGUCCCCUCCCUCCUACACACUGGGGACACAUCCACAGUCAACGAGACCACCCUCAACACCCCUCGCGUGAGCGCACCGGGCAGCGAAGCAAAUGCCAAUGCCAAUCCAAACCUGGCGGCAGCGAGCAAAUCGGCCGCUGGCAGCGAGCAGGGCAGCAGGGGCAUUCGCGUCUUUUUGCCCGUUAUUGAUAGCGACACUACGGCAGGGGACAAGCCACAGCCGCAGCAUCAACAGCAGCAAGGAGAGGUCGUGUAGGACGAGCACAGUGGAGUGGUGGUGCGUGUGGCGGGGGAGGGGGAGGCUGAAGGAUGCCGGGAGAGGCUGGCCGGCAUGUGGACGCAGCAGUGCGUCGCUGAAGAGUAAGUGACGCCAUACGGUGGGGGGCAGACGUGGCAGUUUCCGUAUGUGUAUACGUAUUUUGUGGCUGUGCAGUCGUGUGUUGGUUGAGAAUGCCAUCCUCCAGUGCGCAGACAAGGGGGAACCAUUCAAACUGGUGGUAAGACACACACACACACACACACACACCACACACACAUGCAGCAUCACCUCCUCUGUGUGCUUCCCUCUCAGGUCCGGUACGAGCGUGCCGACGGAAGCGUGCGUUGGCUCAGAUGUGCCGGGGGCAAAACGUCCUCCGAGUCGACCGCUGUGUACGGAUCUAUCGAGGUGAGAAGCACCAGUCCCUCCCGACAAGUCACAACUCUCCUCACUCUCUUUCUGCAUGCCCACGUGUCUGUGCAGGACGUGACGGACCGCAAGCGCACCCAGGCGAUGCUCGAGCAGCGGGUCAGCCUGUGCGAGAGGGUCGUUGACGCCACGCUGGAUGCGACCAUGCUCAUCAACACGUAGGACGAGGUGAUCCUCGAGGCCUCGGCCAUACUCAACGCAUGGGCGGGACGACCACUGGAAGGUAGGUACAUUUAUCCUCCCUCCUGCACAGCGCCGUGUGUAUAACACUGUAUGUGUCGGUGGUUGGGUGUCGCGAAUCAGGCAUCCCUCUGCCGUUGGUGUUGGACGCCUGGGCCAUCAGUCGGCUGCAAGGCGGCGCCACGCUGGUCGGAUCGGACGGCUUCAGUGUCAGCAUCAGCCACCCUGUCAACGGCAAGGCGGACGAACUCAAGGUCAGAGCCACACACAGGGACAGACACACAGACACAGAGGGCAUCUCUUUCUCUCUCCCUCUGUCGGUAUCUGCAGGCCAAUCUGGUGGUCUUUGUCGACCCAGACGACCCUGCUCGCAUCUUCCUCGGCCUGAAGCACAUCCGCUGUGCGCAGCCGCCUUAUCGCCGUCUGAAGAAGACCCUGGGAUGGAGCAGCACCGGGGAGCACACACCCAGCACCACACGGCCGCCCACAUCCACCACACCGCGCCAGAGCAGGCGGUACAGCAAGAAGUCCGGCGGUGUGCUGGGGGCUUUCUGGGCGUGCCGGUCCGUCGACGGUUUUGUGUGA